GAUGAUGUGCGUUAUAUACUGCAAUUUCACAAAAAAGUUAAAAGACAAUUAUUACUACUACAACUACAAACAAAACAUAAAAGUCUACAUCCGUCUGAAAAACUUUGCUUUAUUUUUCCAAUGGGAGAACCUCAAGUAGAAAAUCAGCUCAACAUUUCUUUUGAAAAGGAAGCCAAUAUGGUGAAUAAUUUGACUUCAUGGCGUGAAAAAUACAAGAGAUGGCUUGAAAUAGGCUUCAAUUCCUUAUUAAUCCUAAUUUGUUUAUCAACUGCAACACUCCUCGGUGAACUUUACUACAGAGAAGGUGGAAAAAGCACUUGGAUGAAUUCAUUAGUACAAAUGGUUGGAUUUCCGAUACUUUUCCCUAUUCUCCUCUUGAAAAAGAGAGAAGAAAACCACGACGAUCAUACACACAAAAAUAAUAUCAACAAUCCGUCUGUUUGGAUGUUUUUAUCCGUCUAUGUUUUUCUCGGAUUUCUAUUAGGCGGAAGUUGUAUAUUAAACGCCGUCGGAUUAUUACACCUUCCCGUUUCAACAUUUUCGUUAAUUUCGGCUAGCCAAUUGGGAUUCAACGCCCUGUUCUCCUUCUUCCUCAAUUCCCAAAAAAUAACAACUUAUAUAGCAAAUUCUAUAGUCCUACUCACAAUUUCCUCAAUUCUCCUUGUCUUCCAACCCGACGAUUCAUCUUCAGGCGGAUCGUCAAAAGAAAAAGGCUACAUGCUAAUUGGGUUCAUCUGUACUCUCUUCGGUUCAGCAGGGUAUGCGUUGCUGUUAUCAGCGACCGAGCGAAUAUUCAGAAACAUCAUGAGAAAACGCACUUUGAAAGAAGUGAUGAAAGUAGUGAUUUGGCAAUCGUUUUUCGCCACUUGUGCAAUUCUGAUUGGCCUAUUCGCGAGCGGCGAAUGGAAAUGGAUUAAAACAGAGAUGCAAGAAUAUAAGCUUGGGCAAGUGUCAUAUGUCAUGACAUUAGUGUGGAAUGCAUUGACUUGGCAGAUUUACACAAUUGGUCUAUUAAGUUUGAUUAUGAAAGUAUCUGCAUUAUUUGCUAAUGUGAUUACUGCAUUAAGUGUUCCACUUAUUCCAGUUCUUGCUCUAAUUGUUUUCAAUGAGAAAAUGAGUGGGGUGAAAGUAAUUUCAAUGAUUUUGGCAAUUUGGGGAUUUUUGUCCUAUGGUUAUCAGCAGUAUCUUGAUGAAGUUAAGCUCAAAGCUGAUUUGUCAAAGGCAAAAGAAGAAUCUGAAGUAUCACUUGUUGAAAGUGGAAUGAAACAUAGACCUAGCUAAUUAAUAGUAUUAAUUCUACAAAAGAUUAAUGCCUUUUUUUUUUUUACUUUACUUUUAGUGUUAAUUUAUGGAUACUUUCUUAAUUUGUUUGCUCUAAUAAUUAUAUCUCUACUUCUAAGUUAUUGUGACAA